AUGGUGGUGAUGCUGCCAACAGUGCCUGUACGAAUCGUCCUCAUCGCAUUCUGCGUCAUCGGCGUCGCGAUAUGCAACUCGAUCGCAAUCGCCGGCUGUGACCUGGACAAGCCGCUGCCGAGGUGGCGCCGGCGGUUGGUGGAGCUCAGCUCGCAGGGCUUCAACGCCGCAAUCCUGCGCUGUGCCGGGUUUUGGUGGCCGCGCGUCAAGGGGCUGCAGCACUGGGAGGAGGGCAAGCGCAUCGGAGCGAUCGGGAUCUUCAACCAUGUGUCGUACUGCGACGCAUUUGUCAUCGUCUGGGCCCUCUGCCCGGCCGGCCUCACCUUUGCGUUCACGACAGACAUCCCAGUCCUGGGCAAGGGCAUCCGCGCCCUGCAGAACAUAUACGUGCCUAAGGAGAAGGACAAGGACAAGCAGCGGGUCAGCAUGGUGGACGCACUCAGGAAGAGGGCCUCCACCCCUGGCAUGCCGCCGCUGGUCAUUGCACCAGAGGGCACCCUGGCGGAUGGCCGCUGCCUGCUGUCGUUCAAGACGGGCGGCUUUGUGGCCGGCCUGCCGAUUGUGCCGAUCCUGUUCAGGUACAAACUCACCGGCCACAACCCGGGAUGGGGCGUCAUCCGCCCCUACUGGCACCUGCUGCGGCUCAUGACUCAGUUCUACAACCAUGUCGAGGUGGAGUGCCUGCCCGUCUACCACCCCAGCGAGCAGGAGCGUGCCGACCCGCAGCUGUACGCGGCCAACGUCCGCAAGCUCAUGGCCAAGCACCUGGACGUCCCCAUGGUCGACCAGGUCUGGUGGGGGGGUGGGGCUGCGGACCGCUCCAUCGCGAUGGCCCUGGAGGCUGCGGGCGUCAAGCCCAGCUACGACGGCCGCAGCGUGGUGGCGCCCCCCGGGGUGCUGGACGCCAAGGGGCGCCUGGACCUCACGCCCUGGCUGGAGAAGGCGGAGGGGAAGAAGUCGCGGUAG